ACUUGUUUGACUCUGGAGCCACCAAGUCCAAAACAAUCUACACGUACUACGCAGGUCCGGGACGCCAGAAAGCAGCUCGCCAGCGUGCGUCACUCUCCCUCCCCGCCCUCGAUUCGAAACCCACACAAGCGGAGCGGAAGGGGAGGCCACUCACUAACCCCUGAUUAGCUGCUCAUUAACUCCACCCCCGAUCUGAAUUGGCAGUAGCAGAUCGGCGUGCCAUUGCAUCACCGCCAGCAGCAGCAGCAAGACCACCAAACCCAACGAGAGAGCAGCCGAGGCAAUUUAAUGCGUUCCCCUCCUCUCCCCAUCCCUCUCUAGCUACUCUGUAGAUUGACAGAGAGACAAGAGCGCUCUUGCUACCAAUCUCCUCCUCGUCGCCGCCGCGGCCGCUCUCGCUCCCACGAUCCGGCGCUGCCACGAGCUUCCAGAUCCGCCGCCCGGGCAAUGCUGUAGCUGCCCGCGCCGAGAUGGGCGGCGUCGGCGCCGGCUCUCUCGCCCUGCUGCGGCUGCUCCUCCUCCUGCUCCUCCGCGCCGAGGCCUCCGCUCUCCACGCGACUAUAUUACCUAGCCCAGCACCAAGUCCAUCAAAAGCCCCUGAAGCGAGAUCGUUUGGACCUCGAAUUUCCCCUUCACAUCCUCCGAGUGCACUACCUCCAGGAUCUCCUGGCGUUGAUGCGCGCCAUCAUUCACACAAGCACCCGCACCACAGAGAGUCAAAUCAGGGCCCUUCACCAUCCUCAGCACCCACACCUGAAGCAGGUUGUUCUAGUUAUAUCUGCACCGAGCCACUGACUGCAACACCAAUUGGUUCCCCUUGUGGCUGUGUCGAGCCUAUUAGUGUUAUCGUUGAUCUGGACUUAGCUCCUUAUCUACUGUUCAUGAGCAUAGCUGAGUUAGAAGUUGAGGUUGCAGCUGGGACAUUUCUUAAACAAAGCCAGGUGAAGAUCAUGGCUGCAGUUGCAAGUAUCCAGGAUGACCAGAAGACACGGGUGACCAUUUAUUUGGUGCCGCUAAGAGAACAGUUCGAUACUUAUACGGCAUCCCUAAUAUCUGAUAGGUUCAUGGAGAAAAAGGUUCAGAUAAAUUCAUCUAUAUUUGGAGAUUAUAAAGUUAUCAAUAUCAGCUAUCAUGGAUUGCAAUCCCCGCCAUCAUCUCUGCCUGGAGGAUCGGAUCCUUCAGGAACUGAAGAAUAUCCUAUAACUGCAGAGGUGCCUGAUCAGAAGAAAAAGCACAAUAAAUCAGAUAUUUUGGUCAUCGUGGUAGUGUUAGGGUCUUCUCUUGGACUUCUGAUGACAUGUGCUGUUCUGCUGAUCUUACUAGUAAGAUGGAAGAAACUUGGACGGCUUCAUGAGGCUAUGACCCCUGCAACUAUCCCAGCAGUUAAUAGAAGAUAUGGCACCAGGCCAACUUUGUCAACCAGCAUGGUGAGCUCUGCGUCAGCAUCAGUGUUUUCAACAGUGGCUACUUGCACAACAUCUGUAAAGACAUUUUCACUAGCCCAACUUCAGAAGGCCACAGAUGGUUUUGAUUCAAGAAGAGUUUUGGGUCAAGGGGGCUUUGGGCGUGUCUACCAUGGGACGAUAGAGGAUGGAAACGAAAUUGCUGUUAAAUUGCUUACAAGGGAGGACAGGAGUGGUGACCGUGAGUUUAUUGCAGAAGUGGAAAUGCUCAGUCGAUUGCACCACCGGAAUCUUGUCAAAUUGAUUGGUAUUUGCAUUGAGCGGAGUAAAAGAUGUCUUGUGUAUGAGCUCAUACGAAACGGAAGUGUGGAAUCCCAUCUUCAUGGCGCUGACAAGGCUAAGGGUAAGCUGAACUGGGAUGUUAGGAUGAAAAUUGCUCUUGGCGCUGCUCGAGGCUUAGCAUAUCUGCAUGAAGAUUCAAACCCUCAUGUCAUACACCGUGACUUCAAGGCCAGCAAUAUAUUAUUAGAGGAAGAUUUCACUCCUAAAGUGACCGAUUUUGGUUUAGCAAGGGAAGCAUCCAAUGCGACUCAACCUAUAUCUACCAGGGUAAUGGGUACUUUCGGUUAUGUUGCUCCAGAAUAUGCAAUGACGGGCCAUCUUCUUGUUAAGAGCGAUGUCUACAGUUAUGGGGUUGUCUUGCUGGAACUUAUAUCAGGAAGGAAGCCUGUAAACAUCUCUGAGUCCAAGGAUCCUGAGAACCUUGUAACUUGGGCCCGUCCUCUGCUAAGCCAUAAGGAGGGCCUGGAGAAGUUAAUUGAUCCGUCUCUGGAUGGAAAUUUUAACUUCGACAAUGUAGCGAAGGUGGCAUCCAUCGCUUCCAUGUGUGUGCACACAGAUCCAUCGCAGAGGCCGUUCAUGGGUGAAGUUGUCCAGGCACUGAAGCUGAUCUACAAUGAUCCAGAUGAGGCUUGCGACGAUUCCUACAGUCCAAGGAAUUCAUCUGACCAAGACGGUGACUACGAAGGAGACCUGGUCUUUGAGAGUGGAAGCUGGGGCUUUGGGGCCUCUGGGUGUCUAGACUACCGGAAUUCCUUACCGUUUGUCACUAUGGACUACAGUUCUGGCCGAAUAGAAGGGCCGCACGACCCUCGCGCGGCAUUGUCAGCGGGAUCCCAUGCCCAGUCACCAGUGCUGCAGAAUAGAUCAGGCCCCUUGCGGAUGAAGAAGAAGCUGGCCUCCUUCUACCGCUCUAGAGGCAGCAUUAGUGAGCAUGGGCACCUGCCACGCCAUUGAUCAGUCAGUGAACUAGUGUUAGGCUGUUAGCUUCGGUUGACUCUGGGAUUGAGGCUGGCGGGGGUUGUCAUUACCUGAUUCGUGCCUCAUGUUAGUGUACAGUUCGUGGUGACCCUUCACCCUUGGGUAUGGGUGUUUUCUCUCUCUCUUUGCCUUCUGCUUCUUCCCCGGAAGCAAUGAGGAUGGGGUUGGCAGGUGCUCUCUAAUUUUCGCAAAUUGCGGUUCAUUUCUCAUGCAUCUGAUUGGUUUCUUGCCGGAGUUCUGGGCAUCAUGUUGUUGUGACUAGGUGGUUGUACUGGAUGCAGUUCGUUGUAAACAGACAGUGUCAGGGAUCUACCUCGCGUUGGAGAGGUGAACUAUACAGCCGGCUCAGUUCCUCAAAUGUCAGGUGGUACCUGUGUUAAUAUUCUUUUGGUUCUUACUUUGCAUGGUCUUAUUGCAUUUUUUUUUUACUUUGGUCAUGAGUGAUGUUCGUUCUAGUCUUGUGGAUAACUGGAUAUCAUGGUUCCGUGUUCAAUUCAUGUUCUCUAGCACAA